UAGUCUCCCAGCCUGACCAGCUAAAGUUUUCAAAACCCCACUAACCAGCUGCGCUGUAGAAAGAAACCGAUCUGAAUAUGGCAAACACUGAUCCGGAGUCAGCUGUGCUGUAGAGAAGAUCUGAUCUGACCGCUGAUCCGGAGUCAGCUGUAGAGAAAAGAAGAUGUAAAGGCUGAUUUGGAAUCAGCUGUGCUGUAGAGAGGAUCCGAUCUGACCGCUGAUCCGGAGUCAGCUGUAGAGAAAAGAAGAUGUAAAGGCUGAUUUGGAAUCAGCUGUGCUGUAGAGAGGAUCCGAUCUGAAUACGGCGAACGCUGAUCUGGAGUCAGCUGUCAUGUAGAGAGGAUCCGAUGUGAAUACGCCGAACGCUGAUCUGGAGUCAGUGUUGUCGUUCAUGAUGGUGCCGAUGGGAAGGAAUGCACACAUGAGCCUCUACACAACAUUAUUCCGGGCUUUUUCGUCUUUAUAACCCUGGACAGAAGCAGAUGAACUGAUGACUGGAGCUUCAAUACACGGUCGCAACAAAACCAAGCGUGUGGACAGAAACUCUGAACAUAUCUCGUCCAUCAGGAUCAUGGGAGAGAAUGGUCCUCUCACAGAGACAGACAUGUUCUUCGAAGACGAUGAAGAGGAUGUCGACAAACUGGGCAGAGAGGAGGAAGAUGAAGACAAGCUUGCCAAUUAUGACAAAGAGGACAGCAUAAUAUCGGGACCCUCGUCUUCCUCCGGAAGGGUCUAUGAUCGCACGACCGUGCUCAUUGAGCAGGACCCCAUCUGUCUGGACGAGGAAGGCGAGGAAGAUGGGAUGUCCUUUCUGCCGGACGGAGAGGGGGACGAGGGCUCCCUGGCCUUCAUGGCUGAUCCGGACGGCAUGUCGCAGGGCUACAUUCAUCAUACCAUUUCACCGGACCAGAUACAGUUUAUUAUUAACCCAGGCUCCACCCCUAUGCCACGAAACAUUGAGGGGGCGACGCUGACGCUACACUCCGAGUGUCCAGAGACCAAGCAAAGAGAGGUGAAGCGCUAUCAGUGCAUGUUUGAGGGCUGCACUCGUACUUACAGCACAGCGGGAAACCUGCGCACACAUCAGAAGACGCACCGUGGUGAAUAUACGUUCGUGUGCAACCAGCAGGGCUGCGGCAAAGCCUUUCUCACAUCAUAUAGCCUGAAGAUCCACGUCCGUGUCCACACGAAAGAGAAGCCCUUCGAAUGUGACGUGCAGGGCUGUGAGAAAGCCUUCAACACCCUCUACAGACUGAAAGCACACCAGAGGAUACACACCGGCAAGACAUUUAACUGUGAAUCAGAGGGAUGCACCAAGUACUUUACCACACUCAGUGACCUGAGGAAGCAUAUACGCACACACACGGGAGAAAAACCCUUCCGGUGUGACCAUGAUGGGUGUGGUAAAGCUUUUGCUGCUAGUCAUCACCUGAAGACACAUGUACGGACACACACUGGAGAAAAGCCGUUUUUCUGUCCGAGCGAUGGCUGUGAGAAGACCUUCAGCUCUCAGUAUAGUUUAAAGAGUCACAUUCGUGGUCAUGAUAAAGGUCCAACGUUCACCGUGAGCAGCAGUCAUCCUCUCUCAGAGGAUGCAAAUCAUUCGCUGUGUCUCAGUGAUUUGAGUCUUAUUUCCACAGACUCGGAGCUCCAGGAGAACCACGGCUCUCAGGGUGUGGAUCUGAACAGUGUCACUCCCAUAAGGAUCUUUGAGUUGAUGUUCCAGAGUCCUGAAAACAGUGUCAGCCAGGAUGACCCAAAACCCAACGAUAACCCCGUGGAGUCUUUCGGUCUUGACCCAUCACCUCAGAAAGACGUCUCUGCACACUCUGCCUUCCCUCAAGCGACUUCAUCCACCUCAUCCCCAACCUCUUCCAUUACGACCCCUGUAUUAGAAGCUCAAGCUCCACCUACAACGUGCUCCUCUCUGCCAGCCCCGCCUCCGGCUGUCAGCAGCUCAUUACUGACCCCGCCUUUCCCUUCUGUCCCACCCACCUCAUCGCACUCAUCAGAAGCGUCUGGUUCAACUACAACAUCGGGCAGCCAGCAGUAUGUGGCACCGCCUCCCACGGCUCAGCCGGUGCCCACAGCAGCGACGGGGACUGAUGCGGUACCUUUGGCUCCUCCCCCUCCCACCAUCACCAUCGCUCCCACUCUUGGUCUGCAGCCUAGCAUUGUCAUGUCUGAUCACAACCUGCAGUGGAUCAUCAGCAGUGCCACCGGCACACAACCGAACCCCGAACAACAGGGCCCAAAAGUAGAGAAGGUCUUUUUCACCACAGCCAUACCAGUCAGUGGAAAUUCAGGAAACGCUGUGCAGCAGAUUGGUCUGAGCCUGCCGGUUAUCAUCAUAAAGCAGGAAGAGUCCUGCCAAUGUCAUUGUGCCUGUAGAGACUCCAUUAAAGACAAGAGCUCUGCGGUCUCCUCCGCGAAGGAGUCAAAGAGCACAUCACCUCCCCAAACUCUCCCCGAAGCUCCUCCUCGCUCGUGCAGCCCGCCAACGGAGGAGACCGCCAAAUCGUCCGCGCCACCUCAACCGGAGAGCGCGCCGGCCCCGUUGACCCCCGAUCCUGCCGUGGACAGCCUUGCAGGCAUGGAUGUUGUGGAUCUGCUCAGCCCGGAUACAACAGCAAAAAUAGAGGCCUUGCUAAUGGUCGCAGAUGAGUUCUCCAUAGAUACUGGAGGCAGCAGCAGCGCCCGCUAGAGUACCCCGAGGUUUAGGUCUCUUCUCCAUACAGUACCGUACGUGUACGGCAUCACACCUCUGUUUGAGAAACUCAUCCAAGUGUGUGUUUCACGGCACUUACAUAUGACGGCAGUGGAUUUGCACGUGGAGCAGUUUGGUGUGGUUUUAAAGGAGUUUUAUCCUGGUUUCUACCCCUACUGCAUCUCUAUAGAGUUUAAGCCCUGUAAUUUUGUAGUCAUUCAGAUUUUCAAAAAGGAGAUGAAUCACAUAAAACAAGAAGAGUUUUUGGCCGGCCAUGAGCUGUACUUGAGUUUAUAACUUGAAAUUGAUCCGAAUGUACCGCACAGUUGUUCACUGAGAGUUCAUAGGUUAUGAAGUCAUCUUGAAGUAUUUUAUAUGUAAUUUAUUAGAAAGCCUACAAUAGUCAUGCUAAUGUGAUUAUUUUGCGGUUUGUUUCUCUGGACGGACUGACAUUUACUUGCCUUUUAAAUGUAAUUUAGAGGUUUGUUUGGCUGCCUAUAACUUACUAUUUAAUUUUAUAUAUGUUAAUUUAUUCAAAUACUUCACUGGUAGAUAAAUGUAGCUCCCCAUUCACAAAAUUUCCAUUUCUAACUAGGCCGAAGUAAAUCUCAUGAAGCCAAAAAUAAUCAUGCUUAGUGCUUACUUUAUACUUUUAAAAUCAAAGGCAAAUCAAUAGAAAGUAAAAACAAGAUUUUGACGUGAUAUUUGUGACUCGAGCACAUUUACCUUCUUCCCCUUUAAAUUCUAAUGAAUUUAUACAUUUAAUGCACUGAAUGAAUGAAUGAAGGUUUUUCUGAUAGGAUCAUUGAAUCCCUGUACCUAGAAUGGAUGUUUUAUGAUGGGGAGUUUUUGUGUUUUGUUAUUGAGAAUUAGGAGGGGAGACGGGGGGGUCAGUGUGCUGUCACAAGACAAGACGAAAUCUGAGUUAUAUACUGAUUUUAACAGCCAAUCACUGACAUCUUCCUUAUGCCUUUAUAAUAAUGUGUAUGUCUAUUACUGCACUUUUUCUUUUUUGAAACUUGUUUCUAAACCCGUGUGAGUCUCGCUGUGAUCCGCUCAGGGAUACAGAGAAACAAACAGUGGUUUAUUGCGUGCGUGCGUGUGUGCGUGAGUGAGUGAGUGAGUGAACUUGACUACACCAAGCAGAUAUGAACCUGCUUAUAGUAGUGCACUACCAACCAAGUGAAUGCCACGUUACCUGCAUUCAUGAUUAUAUACCACUGCUGUAUAGAAGUUUAAUGUAAAUGUUAAAGCCUUUAGAUUAUUGUAUUUGUAUUUUUGUACAGAAGUAUGAGAAUCUUUCAUGUUUUAUGCAGUAUGUAUGUACUUCAUCACACAGAAGAUUAGACCGUUUCUCAACAGUUGCCUUAUCCUGCCUUCACUUGUUCUUCACUUGAUUCCUUCAUGUUUCUGAUUGAUGUCUUUGACAUGUUUAAUAAUUGACUGGCUUAAAGAGUUGCUUCUGUCCGGUGACAAUUUAACUCAUUUACGGUACGUUACAUCAGUAGGUCAUCGUAUAAUUCGUGUAUAUCACGCCGUCAAAAUGUUUUGCUUUAGAAUGACAUCUGACUGAUGUGUCACUACUACAGCUUUUAACAUUUUCACUACAUUUCAUUAAUGGGAACUGUACUGGAACAGUUCCUGUCAGUUUAAGUGAUACGUUGAAAAUGUGCAAACCUUUUACCCUGAGCUUUUUAUUAUAAUUUCAAUGAUAAAUGACAUGAUAUAAGCCAUUAUAUUGACCUAAACUUCACUUUAAUGAAACCUACUAUGCAACAUCAUAGAACAUUGAAUAUAGACAUACUGUAACAACAAACCACUAAGAUCUCAUUUGUCUCAUUGUUUCAUUAUAUGAAAGUCAUCACGAAAGAAAAAUAUGUCUAUUUAAAAAACUUUAUUCUUCAACAUGUUUGAAAUUUUCUUUAGCUGUUGCACAGAGUUUUGUUUAAUUUGAUGAUUUGAAGAGUUUCGUUGCCAAACGAGAUUUUUUAUUUUUCAGAAAUCUCGUUUUGUUUUGGUUGGGCAUUCCAAUUAAUAUCAAUUCAACUGCAGUUUGUUUUGAUUUAAACCUUCAUAACUUAAAAAAUACAUCUAAGUAGCAUCAUAAAACAAAAUAACAUAAACAUGUUUUGACAAAAAUGUUAAAAGCGGAGUUAUCUCAUUUUGCAACGAAACUCUUCAUUUCAAUAUGUAUCUGGGCAUUGCAAUGCGUUUUAUCCCCCGUCAGACUUGCUGCUUCUGUAUGUCGGUUUGGAUUCAUGUAACCCAUUUACUAAAACUCUUGUUUUUACUGAUGUAGUAACUUGUUACUUUCAGACUAUGGUUUCAUUCCUGCUUAAAGGUGCAGUGUGUAGAUUUUAGGGGCAUCUAGUGGUGAGGUUGCAUAUUGCACCUCUCCCUUUCGAAGGACAUAGAGAAGCUAUGGUAGCCAUCACAGGACAAACACAUCAUCGUCUGAGACAACGUAGUGACAAACACGCUCUGCAGAGCAGUUUGUCCGUUUAGGGCUACUGCAGAAAUUUGAUUGCGCAAAAUGGCAGCUUCCAUGUAAGAGGACCCGCCGUGUAUGUAGAUAAAAACGUCUCAUUCUAAGGUUAUAAAAACAUAACAGUUCAUUAAAAAAAGGUCUUUAUACACCACUAAAACAUGGGUAUCUAUAUUGCAUUGCUGUCAAAAGAUCGUUCAAAAAUUUACACACUGCACCUUUACAGUCAACUUUUGUUAAUGUAGAUCCUUCACCCAUUCAUGGUUUUGUGCAGUAAAACCGAUUCUGGUGCCAUCAUCAUCAUCCUUUUGUCACACGUGUGAGUUUUCUGAAGGGUGUGAGUGAAUGAAUCAUUGCCUGACACAUGGAUCAGAUGUAGGGAUUGAUGAAUUGUGAUUUCCAGGUUCAGCAGAGAACAUUUGAAGCAGUUAAGUUGGACUGAUGUGUUAGUAAAGCUUUUAAAGAGGAACCUUGAUUCUUCCAUCAGAGCUGCUUUUGAUAAAGUGUGAUGAGACUGUAUAAAGAUCUGUAUUUUUAAAGAAUGUAUAAUGUGAAUUUUUGUUUCUCUUACGCUUGUUUUGUAUAAAGUAUUAUGGCAAAGUAAUAACUUUUUGAAUCAAAAAGCAAUACAGUAACAGUAAAAUCUU